AUGGAACCAUUUGGAUGUGCUCUAUUUGAACUGAAACUGAUCCAGAGGCGAAGAAGGACACGUCAGAAUGUCGUUCAGAUAGAGAAACGUGUAUUCCGUUCACGUACCUUUUUGGAUCAAUUUACUGAAACCCAGGUGAUAGCCAAAUUCAGAUUAUCCUCUCCCAUGAUACAUUCCCUGUAUGAUGAAAUACACUUGGCCCUAGAAACACGCACGCGGAGAAGUAAUGCAGUACCAGGUCUUGUGCGUUUUUUGGCAGUACUUCAUUUUUUAGGAAAGGCCUCAUACCAACAUGUCAGUGGUGAGAUUGUUGGCAUCUCACAACCCAGUUUUUCCCGCUGCUUGGUGGAGGUCCUGCAAGCACUGCGACAACUUGCUCCAAAAUACAUACACAUGGGCAAGUCACGUGAAGAGCGGGAUCAAAUUAAACGUGGUUUUUUUGACCUAGCAGGAAUGCCCAAUGUCAUUGGGGCAAUAGACUGCACCCAUGUGCCAUUAUGUCCCCCAUCAGAACAGGAGCACAUCUACCGAAACCGUAAGGCUUACCAUUCACUCAACAUCCAGGUGAUCUGUGAUUCAAACCUCAUAAUCCGUGAUGUUGUCACCGGCUUUCCAGGAUCCUGUCAUGAUGCCCAUAUAUUGCGCCAAUCGGGAAUAUAUGAUACUCUGGACAAGGACUUAGAAAAUAAUGGAUGGCUGCUGGGUUCAGGUGUGCCCUCCCUCUCGGCAGAGAUAACCAAGAGAAUGAAAGCACCUAUAACAGAUAAAGAAUUGGCCAUGGCAAUAGAAUCCUCUAAAUUAGGGAAUGCCCCUGGCCCAGAUGGGCUAAAUCUUGCCUAUUACAAAACUUUUCAGGAUGUUCUAUCUCCAUAUUUUCUACGUACCUAUAAUUCUAUUUCAGCUAAUUAUAAGUUAAUAGAGGAUGAUUUGAAGGCUCAUAUUAUGGUCAUCCCUAAGCAGGACAAAGACAAAACUCAAUGUGGGAAUUAUCGUCCCAUAGCACUCUUAAAUGCUGAUUAA